AGUGGGGCCUCUCGGUGUAUUCCUAUAUCCAGCAACACCGGUUUCCUCUGCACUGAGAAGUUGAAGUCAGUCUGUAGAGACACAAUGUUCAGCUCCGUCCUGUCUCUGUGUCUCUGCUGGUUAUGUUAUCUUCUCCUCUUCCUAGGUUCUGGGGUCCUCCUCGUCUUCCUUCUCUACUGCGGCUAUAUCCAGUACACACACAUGAAGUAUGACCACAUCCCCGGACCCCCCAGAGACAGUUUCAUCUUCGGCCAUUCAGCAAGCAUUGACGUGACGAAGGACCACAAGGUGUCGCAUGACGUCUUCUUACAAUGGGCGGAGGAAUACGGGCCGGUUUUUCGAAUAAAUCUUUUUCACUACGUGGGGAUCUAUUCUACGGAUCCGGAAUCUGUGAAGGAGUAUCUGAUGUCAUCGGAAUACCCCAAAGACCCAAACACCUACAAUCGUCUCUUUUAUCUGUUCGGUAAGAGGUUCCUGGGGAUAGGGCUGCUGACAGAUCCAGACCACCAGCACUGGUAUAAACAGCGACGUAUCAUGGACCCUGCGUUCAGCCACACGUAUCUAAUACAGAUGGUGGAAGUGUUUAAUGAAAGAGCUGAGCAGCUGAUGGAACAUCUGGAAGAGAAGGCGGAUGGGAAGCAGCAAGUGAACAUGCAUGCAUUGCUCAACCGGGUCACCCUGGACGUCAUCACUAAGGUGGCUUUCGGCAUGGAUCUCGGUUUGGUGGAGGGAAACAAGACCGCUUUUCCAGAGGCCAUUUCUACAGUUCUGAAGGGGAUGAUCCAUGGUCUCCAGAACCCAUUCAUGCAGUACAUGCCCCAGCACUGGGCCUACGUUAAGAAAGUUCAGGAGAGUGCGGAUCUGCUGCGGAAGGUCGGGCAUGAAUGUAUCUCGCAGAGGAAACAAGCCAUGCUGGAUGGAGAGGAGCUCCCCAAGGAUAUCCUCACCAAAAUCCUACAAGUUGCUCAGCAGGGGGACGGCCUGGACGAUGAGAUCAUGCUGGACAAUUUCAUCACAUUCUUCAUUGCCGGCCAAGAGACCACGGCCAACCAGCUGUCCUUCACCGUGAUGGAGCUGACCCGACAACCAGAGAUAACACAGAGGCUGCGGGAGGAAAUAGAUGACAUCAUCGGUUUUAAACGUGAAAUCAGCUUUGAAGACAUCUCAAACCUCAGCUACACGACACAGGUUCUGAAAGAGUCUCUGCGUCUUUACCCACCGGGUCCAGGAACAGCCCGUUACAUCAAAAAUGAUGCCGAGAUCGCUGGAAUCCGCAUUCCAGGUGGAGUGCCGAUAGUUUUCAACACAUAUGUGAUGGGUCGGAUGGAGAAGUUCUUCCCGCAUCCCCUUACGUUUGAUCCGGAAAGAUUCCAUACUUCUGCUGCAAAGCCCUACUACUGUUACUUCCCCUUUGCUCUGGGUCCGCGCUCCUGUCUGGGUCAGGUGUUUGCUCAGCUGGAGGCCAAAGUGGUGCUGAGCAAGCUGCUGCAGAGGUUCGAGUUUGAAUUGGUUCCCGGGCAGUCCUUUGAGAUCAUGGAUACGGGGACGCUGAGACCCCGAGACGGCGUUGUCUGCACUCUGACACCCCGAAAAGUCACAUAAAAAUUACUAGCUGUAAAGUCAUUAUACACAUUAAAAACAAUCUCAUUUCUAA